AUGGCUACGGGCCCCGCCUCCCUACCCGUCGUGAACGAGUCGACGGUUCGACGCGGCCUCAUCCUAACCGCAGGCGGGAUCAAUGUGGAGGUGUUUGAAGACCAGUUGAAUGCGCUUAGCGAGGCGCCGAAGGCGGAGCUCGACGAGAUGAUGAUGAACGCGGGCGUUGUGUGGGACGGAGCGUACGGAGGAGCACGGAGUGGCGCUCGGGGAGCGGUGGACGAGCAGCAGGCGACGGGGGACGAUUGGGCUGUCGAGGAGCAGGAGGGCGGAGCGGCUGUGCAGGAUUUUGGGACAGGAGUGCAGCAGCAGGAGGGCGGGGCGGCUGCGCAGGAGGGUGGGGUCGGAGGGCAGCAGCAGGAGGGUGUGGUGGCUGCGCAGGAGGGUGGGGCAGGAGGGCAGGAGCACGAGGGCGAGGAGGCUGCGCAGGAGCGACGGGUCGCAGUAAGAAAGAGACACCGCACGGCCAGUGGCAGCGGACAGGCGGGCCCUUCGACGGCAGGCCAUUCGACGUCGGCCAUUGCAUCCGAAGGCCAGGUCGUCGAGCUACUGCAGAGGGUCGCGGAGGUCGAGGCGUCGCAGAAGAAGCUCGUCGGCGACGUAUUUGCGAAGCACAGUGAUCAAGCCGUUGUUUUCAACAACCUUGCUGGGGACUUUCGGACGGCCUGGAAUAUGAUUUCGGAGUCGUCGAAGAGCACGCUGAAGCACUGCGGCGAUGCCAUAAAUGGUGUCACGGAGGAGAUGAAGCUGUUGGAAGGGGCAUGCACGAAGCUCGACGAGAUGAGCGGGAAAAUCAUCGAGGGGGUGGCAGCCGCUAUCACAAAAGCGGGCGAGGACGCCGUCGAGAAGCAGCUCAAGCUUGUCGAGGAGCGGCUGGUUGCUUCGGUCGUGAAGGGUAUUGAGAAAGCCGUCAAGGAUUACUUGUUCAACUCCACCCUCCCGCCCGAGAGCAUUAAGGAGCUGAAGGAUGUUGUGAGAGAAAGCUACCAAGAAGCUGAAGCUGGCAGAUUGGAAGUCCUCACCGAAGCGAUGGCGAGAGGGUUUCGGGGCUCGGCGGGCCCGUCGAUGAGGUCGCGUCAGGAGGAGGGGGUGGCUGGUGUUCGCAGCGGGGUUGAGCGUCGAGUUCAUGAGCGCUUGGUUCCUCCUUCUUCGGUGGGAGGACAUGUCGGCAGCCCGGUAGCAUCCCCACCAUCGCGUGCCCGUCAGACCGUCGGCAAGUCCGUCGAGGACAAGGAGGUCGCCUCAGCCGGGAAAGGAGCUGUGGAAAAGCGAGGUGCCCCUACCCCGUCCGGCGGCGCUGCGGGGAAAGGAGUGGGGGAGAAACGGGGUGCUCCCAGCCAGGUCCUCGUCGCUGCUGGGUUGCUGUCGAAGACAAAGGCUGGCUCAGCUGCGCAGCUCGGCAUUGUUGGCCGUCCUGUCGAGCCUGUGGGAAAGAGGCUGUCGUCCGUUUUAGGCGACGUCUGCCUUAGCGAACCGGGUUCCCCUCCUCCUGGUUCGAGGCCAAGGUCCCCUUCUGCGUCGAAGAAAACGCAGGCUAUGACGAAGUCGACGAAGCGUGCUGCAGAGGCGAUAGAGAGCAGUGACGUCGAGAAGGCGUCUACCGUCGUUGCUGCUCGACAUGAAAAGUCGAAGAAGCCCAAGGUGAUCGGCUACGCCCCACCUCCUCCGCCGGACGACCAAGCCAAGACGAGAGGCUGCAUAGCUCCCUUCAAAGGACCGGGCAUGAUGUCACGGAAGGGGAAGCCGGUUUCCGAGCAGACCGUAGGCUCGAGGAAGCGGUUCCUGGGCACUUUUGAAACGGAGGCGGACCAAAAGUUUUGUAUGGCCAUCUGCUGGCGCGUGUACUUCCCCGACAUAGACCUUAAAGAGUACGAGGGGUUCACGGCGCAGGAUGAGAAGGACUGGAAGGUCUAUCUCGAUGCAGCCGCGCGUAUGCUCACCGGGGUUUGGAGCGUGGCGCAAGAACAAGGGGAAUGUCGUUUCGACGAGUGA